AUGUGUGAUGGCUUCGUGGCCUGUGGUCCUUCUACUGUCUGCUCUGUUGCCAACUGCGAGGAUGACAACUGUGAUGAUAACGAUUGCGAAGACCACUGCGAAGAUAAUCAUUGUGACGAUAAACACUGUGACGAUCUCUGUGAAGCCGAUCACUGCGAAGAAACCAACUGCGAUACCACACACUGUGACAGUAUUGACCCUCUUUGCUUCGAGAGUCACUGCUGUGAUGGUACCGAGGGUCAAGACUGUUCAUUUGAUACACUGUUUGCACUCAACACUCCGCUGUCGCUGGACACAGGGAUGUUCCCAUCGACAACAAUGGGACACCAUCUCGGCCACGGAACUAAAGCCCUAGAGCACCCUCUACCCGUAACCAUCGAUCCAAGCCAACACCAUAAUUUCCUACACUCCUACCAGACACACGCUACCAACUGCGACCAGAAUGUACCCAACCACUUUGAGUGUCAUGACUUCCAGAAGGACUUGCAGGGGAUGUUUGUGGCGCCUUCUUUGCCGACGCAGACUGAGGUCAACCCGGCAGAGGUAUUCCAUAUGCUUGGAAUGUGUUCAGACUUCUCGAUAUGCCAGGACCAACACACUGGCACUCAAAACAACGUGUCACCCUUUGACAAACCUAAAACCGACCCGACGGACGCAUUCAACUGCUUCCACCCCGAACACCUUCAUGUUCACGGCCACUUCAAGAACCCUAAUGACCUCAACCUGACCACCUCAAGAGGACCUCAUCGAAACCACCAUCGCUGCCGAGUCCACCAUCAUGCCCACUCUCACCCAUACUCUCCCUAUUCACGACAGUCCCGCUCGAGUAUCAGCUCUCACCUCCUAUCUAGUCCAGGGGAGACUCCACCACCCCUCGAGGGUGGUGUCUCAUCUGUGCUGACCACCCCGGAUUUCUCUGAAGACAAUGAUCUGCAUAUUUGCAAAUGGUCAACAAAGAUCCAUGGAACCAAGGCCGCCUGCGGUGCUACUUUCGCCGAUGCCGGUGCUCUUCAAGAGCAUCUUGUCACCAGCCACAUGAAUACUGUGAAUGGCGCUAAGGGCAAUGGAUACUACUGCUGCUGGGAGGGAUGUCAUCGUCCAGAUGAGCCCUUCUCGCAAAAGUCCAAGCUCCAGGGUCACUUCCUUACGCAUAGUAACUACAAGAACUUCUCCUGUUCAGUAUGUGGAAAAGCAUUUGCUCGACAGGCGACGUUAGAUCGACACGAGCGCAGCCACCGUGGUGAUAAGCCGUAUUCUUGCAAGCAUUGUGGUAAAUCAUUCACAGAUAGCAGCGAGUUGAAAACACACUCCCGCACCCACACUGGCGAAAAACCAUUCAAGUGCACCUGGCCAGGAUGUAACUUUACUACUGGCGACUCUUCGAACAUGUCUAGCCACAGGCUGACCCACGGAGAACGAAGACACAAAUGUCAAUUCCCCGGAUGCACGAAAAGCUUUACUCGACCUGACCAACUUAAGCGUCACCAAAGGACAACACACAAAAUGGAGUUAUGCUCUACCUUACCUUCACCGAGUUCCGAUCACUUUACAAUGCCACCUUUCACCCUCGUCUAA